AUGGCAAAUUCCAACCCCGAGCUCGAGGAUCAGCUCCGACAGCUCGAUUCUGAACUCGAAGAAGGCGACAUCACACGAAAAGGCUAUGAAAAGAGGAGAACCCUGAUUUUGAGCCAAUUUCUAUCUCCACAGGAUGUACCGCAACCCCGGAGCGGCGGUCUUCGUAUACACUCUCCUGACGACAGCGAUCACCCUGCUUCGCUUGAUGGGUCGCGAGCCGCGUCGUUGGCGGCUCUUCAUGGCCAACCCGGCGGCUCGUCCAGACAGGGUAGCCUGCAAGGUUCGCAGCCAGCAUCGCGGCAAGUGAGCAACGCGCGUGAUUCCUAUGACGAGCCCCCUUAUAAUCAGGCUCCCGUGAGCCAUGUAAAUCGGUUUCAAGAGAGGGAGAUGGGCGGCUCUAUGCGUCAAAGCUCGUUCUCGAAUCGGUCAUCGACGCUGAUGGGGGAGGCGCCAGAUACUUCCAGGACGCAGACUCUUUUGAGUCAGCAUUACGCAUUCAACCCAGACCAGCAGCAAGCCUACAACGGUGGGGACGGUAGGAAUUCCACCAUGCUGGAUUCUCAGCAGGGCUACUUUUCCGACUUCGCCGGUCAGCAGCGGGAUGACCAGGAGGGCUAUGGCGGUGGACCACAUCGUUACUCGCAGAGUGAAAUUACAUCGCCUACAACACAAGUUGCCCCGCCACUACUCAGUGCCGGAGAACUUGCGGGAGGAGCUGCAGUCCACCAGAUGCCUCUCGAACCUCGAGAAGUCCCAUUCGCGAUUUGUGACCCCCAUGACUCGACGUUUGAGAUGUCGAGGUUCGAAAACAUUGCCAUGGUCCUUCGGCAUCGCGCGAAAACGAAUCCGAAACAGUCGGCAUACUGGGUGCUGGACACCAAAGGCAAGGAGAUGGUCUCUAUCUCAUGGGAAAAGCUUGCCAGUCGGGCCGAAAAAGUAGCGCAGGUCGUGCGGGACAAGAGCAGUCUGUACAAGGGUGAUCGGGUUGCUCUGAUCUAUACCGAAAACGAGGUCAUCGAAUUUGUCGUGGCUUUGAUGGGCUGUUUCAUAGCCGGUGUCGUCGCAGUGCCCAUCAACGACCUCAAAAAUUAUGCGCGUCUGAAUGUGGUACUGACUUCAACACAAGCUCAUCUUGCCCUAACGACCGAGGCUAACCUGAAGAACUUCCAACGAGACAUCACGGCGGCGAAACUGAAUUGGCCUCGGGGCGUCGAAUGGUGGAAGACGAACGAAUUUGGCAGCUAUCACCCCAAGAAGAAGGCAGACGAACCGGUGCUCGAGGUUCCAGAUCUUGCAUAUAUCGAGUUUUCCACGGCGCCGACGGGUGACCUUAGAGGUGUUGUCAUGAGUCACAAGACCAUCAUGCAUCAAAUGGCAACACUGAGCGCCAUGGUCACGUCAGCCACAAGCAACACCAAAGGCGAUACAUUUAAUCCAGCUCUACGGGAUAAGACCGGACACCUAAUGACCGGGCGAAAAACAGCGGAAACCAUACUCACAUAUCUCGACCCGAGACAGAGUGUUGGUAUGAUUCUAGGUGUGUUGUUAAACGUAUACGGCGGCCAUACAGUGAUAUAUUUCGACCAGCGGGCGAUUGAGACCCCAGGCUUGUACGCAAACCUAAUCACUCGGUAUCGAUCGACGCUCAUGGUCGCGGACUAUCCCGGCUUGAAGCGAGCAGCCUACAAUUAUCAGUCUGACCCAAUGCUCACGCGAAACUUCAAGAAGAAUUUCGAGCCCAAUUUCAGCUCUGUCAAACUCUGCAUGAUUGACACGUUGACUGUUGACCCAGAGUUUCACGAACUUCUGGCGGAUCGCUGGCUGAGGCCAUUGCGAAACCCCCGGGCACGAGAGAUCGUGGCACCAAUGCUCUGCUUACCUGAACAUGGUGGCAUGAUCAUCAGUAUGCGCGACUGGCUCGGCGGCGAGGAGCGCAUGGGCUGUGAGCUGACCCAUGAGAUGGAUCAUGAUCAGCAAGAUGAUGAAAAGAAGGAAGACGAGCCUUCGACCAGCAAGAACUCUGCGUUUGGCAGCAGCUUGCUAGGAGGUGGCCCCAAACAGCCUUCGCGCAUGGAGAGAUCGACAGAAGAGUUGGCAGAAGUACUUCUUGACAAAGAGGCGCUGAAGACAAAUGAUAUUGUCGUCUUAGCCAUGGGCUCUGAAGCACAGGCGAAAGCGGGUUCAUAUCCGAAUGCUGUACGAUGCGGGGCUUUCGGUUAUCCAAUCCCUGACGCUACCUUGGCGGUCGUUGACCCUGAGUCCGGACUUUUGUGCAGCAAGAACACCAUUGGUGAGAUCUGGGUAGACUCACCCUCACUCUCUGGUGGCUUCUGGGCGCUGCCGCGACAUACCGAGAACAUUUUCCACGCCCGGCCAUUCUUGUUCCGUGAAGGCAAUCCCACACCCACCGCGUUGGACCUCGAAUUCCUACGCACCGGCUUGUUGGGCUGCGUGAUCGAGGGCAGGGUCUAUGUUCUUGGCCUUUACGAGGAUCGCUUGCGCCAGCGAGUCGAGUGGAUUGAGCAUGGUAUUCAGGUCCAGGAGCAUCGCUACUUUUUCGUCCAGCACUUGAUCAUGAGCAUUAUGAAAAACGUACCGAAAAUUCAUGAUUGCUCGGCUUUCGACUGCUUUGUCAAUGAGGAGCACUUACCGAUCGUGGUUUUAGAAUCACCAAACGCGUCGACAGCUCCAUUAGCAUCCGGCGGACCUCCCCAGCAACUUGACCUCCAGCUGCUUGACUCAUUAGCUGAGCGAGCGAUGGAUAUAUUGUACCAAGAGCAUCACCUACGAGUAUAUUGUGUCUUGGUCACACCACCCAGUGACUUGCCACGGGUCACGAAAAAUGGUCGGCGAGAGAUUGGGAAUAUGCUAUGCAGGAGAGAAUUCGACAAUGGCACGCUACCAGCUGUACAUGUCAAAUUUGGGGUCGAAAGAGCUGUUCAAAAUCUACCUUUUGGUGAUGAUCCUGUUGGCGGUGUCUGGUCACCUAUUGCAAGCGCAGCGAGAAAAGAAUUGCUCUACGAGCAAGAAACGCAGUGGUCAGGUGUUGACCAUCGGGAAGUCGUAAUAGACGACCGAACUUCCACGUCUCUCAGCAACUUCAGCAACAUCUUCGACCUGAUGCAGUGGCGAGUUGCUCGACAAGCGGAUGAGAUGGCCUACUGCACGAUUGACGGCCGAGGCAAGGAGGGUAAGGCCCUCCAAUGGAAGAAAUUCGACCUCAGGGUUGCCUCCGUCGCCAUUUACCUGAAGAACAAAGUCAAAGUCAAACCAGCAGAUCAUGUUGUGCUGAUGUACACCCAUUCUGAGGAAUAUGUGUUCGCACUCUACGCGUGCAUGGUGCUCGGUGUGAUAGCCAUACCCAUAGCGCCACUUGACGCCAACCGACUGGCAGAAGAUGCACCAGCCUUUCUGCACAUUGUCGCCGAUAUGCGAGUCAAGGCUGUGAUUGUCAACCAUGACGUCGAUCAGCUAUUCAAGCAGAAGAUCGUGUCGCAGCAUCUGAAGCAGUCGGCACAAUAUCUCAAAGUACACAUACCCAACGUCUACAAUACGUCCAAGCCUUCGAAGCAGUCCCAUGGAUGCAGAGAUCUCGGUCUAACCAUGAAUAAAGCUUGGGUGUCGCCUAACAGCCCUGUCGUCAUUUGGACCUACUGGACCCCUGACCAGCGAAGGAUAUCUGUUCAGCUUGGUCAUGAUACCCUUAUGGGGAUGUGUAAGGUUCAAAAAGAGACAUGUCAAAUGACGAGCUCAAAGCCGGUUCUCGGAUGCGUGCGUAGCACCAUUGGCAUUGGUUUCAUUCACACUGUCCUUAUGGGUGUAUACAACGGCAGCCGAACCUACCUCAUUUCGCCACUCGACUUUGCGCAGAAUCCUAUGUCGCUUUUCCAUGCUCUUGGGCGGUACAAGGUAAAGGACACCUACGCUACAAGCCAGAUGCUGGAGUUUGCCAUGGGUCAUGUCGCGGGCAAAGGCUUCAUGUUGCACGAACUCAAGAAUUUGAUGAUUUCGACCGAGAGCAGACCCCGGCAGGACCUCUAUGCCAAGGUGAGGACACAUUUUGCACAGAGCGGCUUAGAAAGAACUGCUAUCAACACCAUCUUCUCGCAUGUGCUAAAUCCCAUGGUUGCCUCUCGGAGUUACAUGUCUAUCGAGCCUAUCGAGCUCUUCUUGGAUCUGAGGGCGCUCCGGCGAGGUCUUAUCUGUCCAACUGAUCCGGACAAUGAUCCGCAAGCUCUCUUGGUUCAAGACUCCGGCAUGGUUCCGGUAUCGACUCGCAUCGCUAUCGUCAACCCCGAAACGCAACAGCUUUGCCAUGUGGGCGAAUAUGGUGAGAUCUGGGUCCAGUCGGAAGCCUGCGCCAAAUCGUUCUACAUGUCAAAGCACUUAUUCGACGAAGAGCGUUUCAACGGUCGUAUACUUGGAGGUGAUCCUAAUGUCAGCUAUGUCCGAACCGGUGAUCUAGGCUUCCUCCACAACGUCACCCGACCUAUUGGUCCUGGCAACCAGCCUGUCGAAAUGCAGAUUCUCUUCCAUCUCGGCAAUAUUGGCGAAACGUUCGAGAUCAAUGGCCUCUCACACUUCCCUAUUGACAUUGAAAACAGCAUCGAAAAGUCACACCGCAAUAUCGCUCCCGGUGGUUCUGCCAUUUUCCAAGCGGGCGGCUUGAUCGUCGUGGUCGUGGAAGUUUUCCGCAAAGCCUACUUGGCAUCCCUUGUUCCUGUCAUCGUUGAUGCUGUGCUCAAUGAGCAUCAGAUUAUCGUUGACACGGUCUGUUUCGUCGGUCAUGGCGACUUCCCUCGGUCUCGCCUCUCUGAGAAGCAGCGUGGCAAGAUCCUCUCGAAUUGGGUGACGCGAAAAUUACGUGCAGUGGCGCAGUUCAAUAUUCGCGACCAAGAUUCGAGCGGCACCAACGCACAGAUACAAGGUCAUACGAGGAAAACGAGUACCGCCCUCUCCAAGACCUGGAGCAACAUCGAUAGCGUGCCAGGACACCAGCAUCGUGGCUCUACAGCAUCACAGGCUGAAUCCUUUGUCCCGGUCUCGCGCGAUGACAUGUCCCGCUCAUCCAUCAUGCCCGAGCUUCCCCUCGAGCUUCCCCAAGACCAAUGGCAAAUGGAUCCGUCAGGUAGAAUGUUUGAGGACAGUACUGCAGGUACCACAGACAUGCCCAAGCUGGCGGUGAACAACCAGGUUGUUCAACCUCCUGAAGGCGUCGCUGAAAUGCCCGCCGACUCCCCCACCGCUUACAAUAACAGCGGCUCCUUCACCAACGCUACAAACCCCUAUUUCACUGACGAGAAGUUUUUCGACCCCGAAGCCCCACCCUUCGGCUCGGAGUCCACGACGGAUCUUACGACGCCUACCGCUGGACCUCCCCGCCUGUCCCUAGCGAACCCUUCCAACUACAAUAACCACGACGACAACUCCACCAGCGGCGGGACUCCCACCACAUACAGCGCCACGCCGACAUCUGCCGUCCCGCUCUCGCAGCGUGACACCGGAAGUACAGUCCACGCACCAGGCAGAUCUGGCACCGACUCGCCCUACGAUGACAGCGGAAACCCUUUCGCCGGCAACAACGUACCUGGCGGUGUGCCAAGCUACUACGAUGUUGGCAGCCCGACCGGACAGUCAGCCGGAACGCGCUUCCAGGGCUUGCCCAGCCAGCAGCGCUUCUCGGCUCUACCAGGCUCACUUGGCGAGGAUUACGUGAGUCCGCGCGCGGCCUGGGGCGAGCAGCCGCAGCAGCAUGAGCUACCUCUGCGGGCUCCAAGUCCCGGGGUCAUCCCUCGCAAACCUAUGCCGGGUGGGUAUGAGUUGCCGGCGCAGGCCCAUGCGCCGCAGCAGCAGCGAGGGCAGGGUGGUGCUGCCGCUGCUGGUGGUGGCUUGCAGGUCAGGAAUCCCGAACAGAGCGCCGACAUGCAGAGCGUGGCGGGUAGUGUGAGGAGACGGUAUGAUGGCAGUGGAUAUGGCUACGAUUACUGA